UUUACAGCUGUCAUUUAACGAUAAUAAUUAGCUUCUUUUUGAUAAAGAUGUGAUAUGGUUAUCAGUUUUUAUCUAUUUAAUCAAGUACGCUGAUUCAAGUCCAAUCAUGUAUAGAUUUCAACGAAGUAGUUUUUGAUAUGUCACAUAUUUUCUGAUCAAUUUGUUACCCAUUUUGUGCAUUUGCUGUUAUGUUGCUGAGCUUAGGGUUAUUGGUGGUGACAGGUAUAUUAUGGGGGUGCACGAAUCCUUUCAUCCGUCAGGGCACGAAGGGUCUACGUUCAGUAAAAGCGGAGACAUGGGUCGGGCAAGCUUACGCGGAGAUUGUGUUCCUACUUGGUAAUUGGCGGUACGUGGUACCAUUUCUGGUGAACCAAUGUGGUUCGUUAGUAUACUUGAUGGCGGUGCAGAGGGCGCCAUUGUCUCUGGCCGUGCCUGCAUCUAAUAGUCUGGCGUUCGCGUUCACAGCUGUAACUGGCUCUAUGGUUGGCGCUGAGGAACCUUUGGAUCGUGGUUCAAUCUUUGGUAUUUCGCUAAUUAUAAUCGGGACUGCUUUAUGCUGUUGGGAUAAAAGCUAUUGAAUGUUUUGGAAGAUUAUCGAUAGAUGGCAGUAUUAUAAAACGAUCUUUUUCACCGUGAAAGAUUUUUUUAAAAUGGAUAUGUAUAUGUGAUUAAAUUAAAAAUAUAUUUAUUCUGUUGAAAUAUUU